GAUCGAGUGAACCUCAGGCACAACGCGCUCCGGGCGAUCUUCCGUUCCCUGCACUCACAACUCACCACUGCGGUCAAGAGUUCCUCCCGUAACCCUUUGCUCUGACGUUCAGUCCAGCUACCGGCAACUUCUUGUGGGAAGUCUCGGAUCGAAGCAUAGCAUAGCAUACGGUGGGCUAGCUGCCCGCGCGCACAGUCACACGACUCUCCUCUUCUCGGAAACGAAGCCCAUUCCCAGGCUGCGCUCGACGAUCAAAAAGUCAUUCCUUUGGCAUGCUUGCUCGUACUUCGCAUUAGCCAGAUCAGCGGCCUCUUUGUGCUCUGCACCUCCUAACCCUCUGGAGCUUCACAACCCGUGCUUCCACCUCCAAUCGCCGCUCUCGAUCGCACUUCGAUCGCCACGCCCUGCUACUUGACUCCUCAGACCUCCCGUCACUUGCUGCGAGACUCACGACCGUUUCAAAAUGCCGUCAAUAUCAGCUCCUGUGGCGCCAUCUGGCCCUCCAAGCACACCUUCGCAUUCCCACGCACAAUCUCGCUCACGAAGCCGGCACAAGUCAGGUCAAGCCUCUCUCCUCUCCUCUACUGCCAAUCUAGCCAACACGGUGCUGGGCACUGGCAUGCUAGCCACUCCGGGCGCCUUCAAGUACGUGGGUCUGCUACCGGGCAUCUUUCUAGUGCUAUUGUGCGGUGCAAUGUCGGCUGCUGGGCUGCUGCUUGUAUGCGCUUGCGCCAGGACGAUGGGAGGCAGGAAGCAGAGCUUCUUUAGCGUGGCCAAGGCUACUGUGCCCAAAGGAGCGCGAUGGUUCGAUGCGGCCAUCGCCGUCAAGUGCUUCGGAGUGUCCAUCUCGUAUCUCAUCAUCAUCGGCCAGCUGAUGCCCCAAGUCGUGCUGUCGAUGGCCAAGCUGGGCGGAGGCUCGAUGGAGGAUCUGCCGCUGUGGACUUUGGCGCGCGGUACGUGGAUCGCAGCUGGCAUGGCCGGUUUGGUCCCGCUCUGCUUCUUGAGGCGGCUAGACUCUUUGCGGCAUACCUCCUACCUUUCCCUGGUAGCCGUCCUAUACCUCGUCCUCAUCGUCGUGCUCUACUCGGUACUUCCAAGCUACAGGUCCAGCUUACCUCCUCGCGGUGAAGUGCACUGGAUCGUCUUGAGCGAUGCCAAUCACUUUGUCAGCAUGUUUCCCGUCUUUGUGUUUGCUUUUACAUGCGCUCAAAAUUGUUUGCCAGUCUUCAACGAGCUGAGAUCCACUCCGGAAAGACACUUUGAGCGAAUGCGGAUCAGCAUCUAUACCAGUCUAGGAGCCGCUGCAGGCGUCUAUAUGAUCGUCGCUAUCCUCGGCUACACGACGUUCGGCUCUCUGGUCUCGAGCAACAUCAUUGCCAUGUACCCGUCCAGCUCGACGCUAGUGGCAUUCGCUCGCAUAGCCAUCGUUGUGCUCGUCGCCUUUAGCUAUCCUUUGCAGGUGCAUCCUUGCAGAGCCGCCUUGGACAAGGUUCUAGCUCCUAGUGAUGAAGCUCAUAUCAGCCCAGACUCACGUUCGGCGGAUGCGCAAGUUGCUGAUCCCGGCGAUGGCAGCCCUCAGGAUGCUUCGCGGUACACUGACGACGAGCCCUCGGCGGCACCGAGGCCAAAGGCGCACAACCGCGCGGCUCGCGAGCAAGCAUCCGACGCUGGCGAGUCCGAUGAUGAGGAAGAGAUGCAAGAAGAGGAAGAAGCGAGGCGAGCAUUGCUGUUGACCCGAGCAGGUGCCGAUCCGUUGCUACCUAUUCCCACGGGUCGUCGAAGGAGCCAAGGAGGGGCUGGAGCCGAGGCGACAGGCGUUGCUCCGACGAUAGAUGACGAGGAGAUGAGCCUGGAAAGGUGGUGCAUCUUGACCGCCUUCAUUCUCGCUUCGACCUUUGUCAUUGCUAUGCUCAUCGAUGACUUGGGUUUGAUUCUGGGGUUUGUAGGAUCCAUAGGAAGCACCACAAUCUCCUUUAUCCUACCGGGCAUUCUCUACUCAAGCUUGCAUCCUCGCACAGACAAGUGGAGGCGGCCCGCUCAAGCGCUGGCCAUCUACGGGGGCAUAGUCAUGCUGUUGACGCUCAGCGCCAAUGUGCUCAAGCUGAUCAGAGCGGGAGGAGAAGACAAGGACCACAGACAUCCGCAUGAAGAGGUCGCGAAUGGUGUCGAGCAACUGGUCAAAGGUCUUGGUUUGGACGAGGGCUUGAACCUCGUGGAGAGGUGGAGAUGACGCGAAGCGAGCGGAUCCGUGUCUGGGGCACACUCACUCACUCACUCACUCACUCACUCACUCACUCACUCACACAUACACACACACACACACACACACACACACACACACACA